AUGAAGCGGUUAGUAGGCGAGAAGAAUAUGGCUAACGUGCACGGUUCCCGGUGGCCAACCCUUGUAGCCCUGGUGGCGUUGGCGGUUUUGGGUGGUGACGUUGCGUGUGAGACAUUUCAGUUCCCGGAAUUUGUUGCAAUUGAAGGUGGUGAUAAUGGUGCGGCUUGCGGAGGUUGGAUCAUCGAUAAGAUGCUCCGACCCCAGGUGCUCACAACGGACGCCUGCGUACAGCGAGGUCAUCGCAGUUUGCGACAAAUUCUGAUACGCUAUGGCAGUUCUGAGGUGACGGGACGUACUUCCAGCCUUGCUGUCGAUCGCCUGCUGACACACCGGGCAGAUCGUGAUCGUGAGCUAGUUGUGCUCAGUACGUUCGGUAGACUACGUAGAAACCCCACAUCAGCUGCUCCACCUGAGCAGACGCAACGACACAAUGGCACAUCCUUACUUUGCUGGCACCGAGCGGACCCUGGAGGAACGCUGCACAAAGCGUUACUUCUGGUGGAUCCCGGACAGCACCGUUCUGUGAAUGAAUUGAUCAACGCGUUAUACUGCAGCAGUCUCAACGUGUACCACCUGGAAGGAGCGAUGGUGUUGGAAAACCUAACCCCACACGCCAUGCUGACUCUGCAACCGGAUGCGCUAUCCAGCUGCGGCACCUCGGUUACCAUGCUGGAAUUACGCAAUAUUACAAGCCCGAGAAGUGUGGCGAAAAUGAUUGAUUCCCCGCUGGUAGAGCCCGCUCCCGAUGCUAGUAGUUUCACCUUUACGGAACCGAACUCCGCCUUCGGAUACAUCGUGUACGUUAUCUUUAUGGGCUACUGCAUACUGUACACCUUGCUGUACUUUAUCUUUGGCAUAAUGCGAGCCCACCCAAGCACCGAUCUGUGA